AGGACUGGCGAUGAUUAUCAUCGCCGAGGGUUCUCGAAAGCCGCCAACGGAUACAUAAGGGUCCUCAACCCCUCUACCAUCUCGACAUCAACUCAGAAACAAACAACUCCAUCACAAAGCCAAAACAAAACUACUACCACCAUUCAAGGCCACUACAACUCAAAUACUUUAUCACCUAUAAUUACCAAAAUGUCUCUCUUCAGAACUGUUCCCACUGCCGGAGACUUCUCUCCCCUCUUCCGCCUCUUGGAUGACUACGACACCCACCGCUCUACCAGAGGCCAGAACACCAUGCGCUCCUUUGCUCCUCGCUUCGAUAUCCGCGAGAGCAAUGACGCCUACCACCUAGACGGUGAACUUCCUGGCAUUCCGCAAAACAACAUCGACAUCGAGUUCACCGACCCCCAGACCUUGGUCAUCAAGGGCCGCGCUGAGCGAGAAUACCAAUCCGCCAGCACUGACCAGCAGGCCCAGGUUGAGACUGAAUCCCCGACUCCCGAGGAGGGAACCGAAGUCACCAAGGUCUCUGGCGAGAAGCGAGUGUCCACCGCCAAAUCCAGCAACAAGCCCCGCUACUGGGUUAGCGAGCGCUCCGUCGGCGAAUUCCAGCGCACCUUCAGCUUCCCGACUCGUGUUAGCCAGGACGAUGUCAAGGCAAGCCUGAAGAACGGCAUCCUCUCUCUUGUCGUGCCUAAGGCUGCACCCCCGAGCUCGAAGAAGAUCACCAUUCAGUGAACGAGACCGCCAGCGAACCAAAUAAUCACAGGCAAAAUGAAUAUGGAUCGGAUCGUUCGAUAUGAGUUUACGAGUGCUCUUGUUUUUUUAACUGUUUCGUCUCGCAUAGCAUGAUUGGUGGCUUUGACUGUUGUACUUCUAAAUCCUUAAUACUUGUCUUGUACUAUAGUGGACUCUUUACUUGAGUUAAUCAAU